UAUCGUAGUUUACAAAACUAUAAACUGUGAUUGUGGUAUGUGUUAAUAAAUAAAAAUGUAGGAAAUUCCAUAUAGGACCUAAAACAAUUACUGGAUAUAAAUAGUUGCUACAGCGACUGUCUUUUAGAAAUGCUCAUUCUUUUGGUCAAUUAUUGGAUGUCACCAGACUUACCUACCUAUGUCAUAAACUUAAUGCUACUAGUGUUUCUGGUUGAAAAACAACUGUUUUGUUUAAAUAAUCUGGCUAUCAUUGAGAAUUCCAACUUCUUGAUGGUAACUUAUUUAUAUUCAGCGGUACAGAGAUGUGAAUAAUAUUUCAAAAUUUCAAGACUUUGGUAUAAUGUGUUGUGAAUACCAGAACAUGGUAUUGCUAUAUUUCAUAUAUUUGUUGGUAUUUUUCCUUAUGAAUAGCCAUUCCAACGGACAAGACGUCUGUACUGCUCCUGAUGGAACAAAGGGAAGUUGUAUUCAAGUACGAUCAUGCCCAAAUUUCGAGACAGCCCUUAGAAACGUUAAACGACCUUUGUCAGAUACGGCACGAAAACAAAUUAAGGCUUAUGUUUGCAACGAAAACUUUACAAAGGUAUGUUGUCCCAAGGAACCAAUAAUCAUCAGAGAAUUAUUAGUUCGCACGUCCGGCAAUGAAAGUUCGACUGGAACUUUAACUGAUGUUACAAAACAUAGAAAUUAUGGACUAUUGCCAACUGAUUGUGGUUUUAUCGAUUUUUCCAAUUUAAUUAGCACAAAAGUCAUACAUGGAGAAGACGCAGGCCUUUAUGAAUAUCCCUGGAUGAGUUUACUGAGUUUCAGACUACCUGGUAAUAUAAGAAAAUUUAGAUGUGGUGGAUCAAUUAUUAACAAUAGAUAUAUCCUUACAGCAGCCCAUUGCUUAGAAGAUAAAUCCAAUCUGUUAGGAGUAAGAGUGGGUGAAUACAACCUUUCCAACAAAGGUACAGAUAAAGAUUGUAUUGAUACGGACUGCAAUUAUCCUGUUCAGGAUCUAGCAAUUGAAGAAAUAAUCUCACAUCCCAACUAUGAAUCCAAAGAAAAGAAAAACGAUAUUGGUUUGUUAAGGGUUCAACCAAUCACUUUUAAUAACAAAAACGUAAGACCAGUGUGUCUGCCACGGACAAGUAAUGCUGAUUUUAAUCAAACAUACCCAGAAGUCUCUGGUUGGGGAAUUACGAAAUUUGGUGCAAGAACUAGUAAAGUGUUACAGAAAGCCUAUUUGAAAGUUGUAAACCCCGUUGAAUGUCAAAAUUUUUACCAGGAUAGCUUAUCCACAGUUAUUGAUGAUACACGAAUAUGUGCGGGAGGAGUUUUACAAACAAAUAAGUCCAAUGCGUGUACCGGGGACAGUGGCGGGCCAUUACAGGUUCAAGAGGUGUCACCAGACAAUGAAAGGAAAUAUGUUCAACAUGGAAUCGUAAGUGCUGGUGUCACGAGAUGUGAUUAUCCCUCACUGUUUACAAAAGUAGAUUACUAUUUAGAAUGGAUAUUGGAUAAUAUGCGGGCCUAAAAUCUUGAAGUAAAAAGUUCUAAAUGGUGGUGAUCAGAGUAUUAGAAAGAUGAUUUUGUCGGUGCUUUUAGACCAGGAAACUAACAACUAGCAUUUUUGCACUAAAAACACCGGAACAAAUCGAUUUUUAAAUACAGCACCUAGAGACUUGCAACCUUUUGCAUUGUGUUCAGGUGGAUGUCAGGAAAAAAGUGUACUAUAGAGAAAUGGGUGGAAAAUUGCAUUUUAAAGUGCAUAAAAUGCAUCCAAAAGUGCUUGUCAAAAUAAGCAAAAGAAGGGCCAGAUUUUGGUACUCGGGCGUUUUUAGGGUCGCUGAACACCACUACGUCAUCAGAACCGAUCUCCGGACCGCCUGAUGCACAGCUUCACUGCUAAGGCACGUUAUCUGGAGGUUGGAAGGCUAUCGGCACUAAAUCGAUACAAACAAAAAAUUAUAAUCAACUAUUUUCAAUGGGAAAUAAGCCACAAUUUUACCAAAAAAAUGAUUUUAUUAACUUUUCGAAGCCCAAAUCGGGUUUCGUUGUCAAAACACAAAAUACUACUAAAAUAAAUAAAAAUUUUGUUGGUAAGUAAAAAAAUUCUUCUAAUAAUUUAUUUAAUCUGACCAGGGGUGUCAUUUGGGCGUCCAGGGGGGCAUUUGCCCCCUUGGCCCUGACAAUGACUGAAAUUUACAGAAAAUACAAUUAUAUUCAUCAUAACAUCAUAUAUAAUGUAUUGUAUAUAUAGUGCUUGCCCCCCUCCCCAAACAAAAUUUCAAAUGACGCUCCUGAAUCUGACUCAUUAAUAUUAACAACACAGACGUAUAUUGUACAUUUUAAAGUAGAAGACUUUAAAAUGAUAUCGCCAAUAUUUAUGAGUUGCGGUCCUGG